UAAAGUAGAAAAACCUCUAAAGAGUAAACAGACAUUUUCAAAACCAUUAUCUGAACACUUAUCAUUAUCUGAUUGCUUGGUCAGAAGUCUCAUACCAUUAUCUGUGAACACUACCCAUCUCCAAGACUCCAACCACUAUCUAGCCAUUUUCAAAACCUCUAAAGAGUAAACAGACACAAACUAGAACUCUUCUUUCAUCCACCAGCAAUGGAAGAAGAAACAGAAUCAUCACCUUGUGAUAUUUCACCAAUAACCCAACAAAUUUUGUUCGAAAAAUACGAGAUUGGUCGACUACUGGGUUGCGGUGCAUUUGCUAAAGUAUAUCACGCAAGAAACAUACAAACAGGGGAAAGUGUAGCAAUAAAAGCAAUCAGCAAACAGAAAAUCGUCAAGAGUGGAUUCAUGCCGAACAUCAAGAGAGAAAUAUCGAUUAUGCGACAACUGCAUCAUCCAUAUAUCGUCACAUUAUUCGAAGUGUUGGCAACCAAAGCUAAGAUUUAUUUCGUAAUGGAGUUUGUCAAAGGUGGUGAACUUUUUUCCGAGAUAUCGAAAUGUAGAUUUAGCGAAGAUUUAAGUCGACGGUAUUUCCAACAAUUGAUAUCAGCCGUUGGUUAUUGUCAUUCUCAUGGUGUUUUUCACCGUGAUCUCAAACCGGAAAAUUUGCUUAUUGAUGAGAAGGGUGAUCUAAAGGUGUCGGAUUUCGGUCUAAGUGCGGUCACGUCACAGGUUCAUAACGACGGAUUGUUGUAUACUUCAUGUGGAACACCGGCAUAUGUGGCUCCGGAAAUAUUAGCCAGAAAAGGUUACAACGGGGCAAAGAUUGAUAUAUGGUCAUGUGGUGUUAUUUUGUUUGUGCUGAAUUCUGGUUAUCUUCCUUUCAACUGCCGGAACUUAGCGGAGAUGUAUCGGAAAAUAUAUAGAGGUGAGUUUCGUUUACCUAAAUGGACAUCACCGGGUUUACGACAUCUUUUUUCACGACUUCUCGACACGAAUCCGGUUACUAGGAUUACCGUCGAUGAAAUCAUCCAAGACCCUUGGUUUUCACAAGGUUAUAAAGAGAUCAAGUUCCAUGACUGUGAUGAUAAUUAUUUAACCAAGGGAAUGAACCGUAAAAACGACUGUUCGUUCUUGAAUGCGUUUGAUAUCAUCUCAUUCUCUUCAGGGGUCGACUUAUCAGGUUUGUUUCAGGAUUUUGACAACUUGGCCGCAACAGAAAGUGAUCGGUUCGUUACUGCCGAGACACGGGUGAACAUAACAAAAAAGGUCGGUGAAGUCGCAGCUAGAGAGAAUCUGACGAUGACGAAACAGGGUCGCAAACUAAGUUUGGAAGGUCCAAACGGAAAGUUAUUUGUCGGUAUCGAAAUGUAUCAGUUGACGGAAAGUUUAGCCGUUGUGGAAGUACGAUCAUAUGAAGGCGUCUGGAAGAGGAGAUUUCAGCCGCACCUUAAUACGCUGAUUUACCACCCGGAAGCAAGUGCCUAGUACUAAUUAAUUAAGCCCUGUUCGAUUGUUGUCGAGUUGAAUAAGGAAUGGGAGGGUGUCGGGCUGGCCUAGAUGGGAUCUGUUAAAGGGGUAGAACUCAAAUUUCCUAAUAUAAGAGAAACGCCGAACAUGGUUUUUACAUCGACGUCAACUGACUGGAUAUUGACCAAGUUGAUGAUUAAAAACGGUGCGUAAUUGGGUAACAAACAACACAACUCCCCAAACCAGUGACCACCACUUAUAUCUUCGGCAGUUGAUGAUCUUGUCUCUUCUCAUAUCUUCUCUGCAAAGUAGAGAAUGAUGUGAGAAAUGCCGCAGUUGUUUAUCUCUUCAUAUUCUGCAUUUAUCACACGUAUUGUUUCUUCCAUCUGUUUCUUGACACGU